UUUUCCAACACUAAAAACAGAAUAUAAACAUUGAAUAUUCACUGUGUUCAAAUAUAAUUUGAAACACAUGAAACAUUGCCAAUUAUGAGUGAUAAAAUAAUGACUGAGGUGCCGCAAACACAUUUGCCUGAGAUUAAAGCCGAGCUAAAAUAUGAGCAGUUCCGCAAUGUGAUAUUAAGACUGAAGCCACUAGAGCAUUUGGACAUCUAUCAGGAAGUGCAAUCCGAAGAGAACUUGGAUAAGCAUAAGAUUUGUGAAAGCUUUCGUAACGUUCUCAAGAGUGACUUAAGUUUGGAAGAAAUCACAUCGCUGUAUACAGUAUCCUUACUGAUGCUGCUUUUAUCGGAAUCCCAAGAUGACUGCCAGUGUCAUCGCAGUCUAGAAUUCCUUAAUGAAUGUUUUAAUUAUACUGAUACUCUGAAGCCCACCAUGAUUCACUAUGCUACAGAGAGCAUGCUGGAAAGCUGUAAAACUGUUUCUGGAGAUGAAGAGCAAUACUUUGUAAAUAUUUUGGAAGUCAUACCCCAUGCAAUGGUGUCUAGUGAAACGGGAAAAAUGAUAUCUCUGGGACUGCUCAGAGCUUUUAUUGCAGACCUGACCAACACAAAAAUAAUCCUGCACAUUUAUAGAAAUAUUCCGGAAGUCUGGCAAAUGGUUAAGUCUAUAACCGUAGAUUCUAUAUUAGAAGUGUGGUCACUGCGCCGAUCUUACAUUUUAAUCAAAAGCUUUGCUCUGCUUAUAACCGCAGCUACCUUUAACCCAAACAACUUGAGCCUGAGGCAGGCCGGAUAUCGCGGAUUUGAGAAACCAUUAAAUAUCACGGAGAUGACCGACUGGUUUAAGAACUUAAAAGAUAAAUUGGACGAAAAGCACAAGAUUACGAAAAGCAAAGUGGGACAAACGUUGGUGCGAUAUAUAGACUCAAAUAUUCUAAGCCUGUUGUCUAAAAAUGGGACUAACGAAGUGACCUCCAAUGGUGGUACUGAAACUGCCGCAUAGCUCAAUUCCAGCGUGUAACCCACAAGAUUUAUUGUUAAUAAUUGGAAUCAAUCAUUAAUGACUGCACAGUUAGCAUUUAUUUAAUAUAGAGAUUGCAUGUGUGU